UGACAGCUUGGUUUCCCUGGCAACAGUAAAACGCAGCCCAGUGCAGGAGGGUGGCCAUGGCGGAGCUCCUGAAGAUUAGGUGUAAGAUUGAAGAGUUCCGAAAACAACAGUUCUACAAAGAGAGGUUAGCUGAGGCAAACAAACGGGCCGAAUUCAAGGCUGUUCUCAAAAUCCAGAGCUGGUUCAGAGGCCACAGGGUGAGAAUCUACAUCAGGCAUCUGCACGAGAAGGCGGUCAUUAUACAGAAGAUAUGGCGGGGCUUCAGAGCAAGGGCACUUUUCAGACAAAUGGUGACGGCAGCAUAUUUUAUCAUGAAGAUGAAUUUCUACAACGAGAUGGCUGUUAGGAUCCAGCGAAGGUGGCGAGGAUUUUAUGUGCGCAAGUACAUCCAUAGCUUCUAUUCGCGCAAGAGCUAUCUGACAAGACUGUCCAGAAAAAAUGAAGUAAUCAGGAAGGAGAUGGAUGAACUUGAAGAGCUCCAGAAAAGAGAGAGAAGCUGUCUGAAAAAGGUGAAUGAGCAGAAAUCCAAAGUCUACCAAGCUUACAGAUGGCACCAUCUCCUCAGCACCAAGCAGUGCCCAGGGGUCUUCAACUCUCCAUUCAGACUGGCCCCCCAUGAGAUGGAGUCACUACUGAGGCAGGUCAAGUACCAGGCCCCCACCAGGCUAGUCCCCAGGGAAAGCACUCAUCUCACACCUGCAAGCCUGACGCCCCCCACUUUCGCCAUGACUCCUGGAUCCCCGAGGAGAAAAAGUCGAGCCUGUUGCUCCCCCGACCCCGUACUUCCUCCUAUCACGAACACCAAACAGCAGGUCCAGAUCAGAGACCCUGGGGAUAUGUGGGAGCAAGGCGUGUGUUUUCCUGAGUUGUCUUCGCAUCUGCAGACCUCAUACGGGUACCUGGAGGAUCCACAGAAUGAGAUACGACUUCACAGUGGCACACUACAAACCGAAAGUAUGCAGCAUCAGUUGGACCACAGCAAUAACCUGUUUUCUCAGCCAGACAAUGUCAAGAGCUUCACAUAUUUGUCACACACUUGAGCCACUCGGCUGCAACCAACAACAGGGGGGAAGAAAUGGCGUUAACAUUUGGU